CACAUUUUGUAAAUUUUACAAUAUCAUAAGGCCCAGUCAUCUCAGCCCACUUAAUUUGGGCUUUUGAAACGACGAAAUCACUUCACUCUCCAGCUCUAUAGGUCGGAGGGAGAUUGCGUAGAGUUCCCCCGACCGACCCCGAGAUUACCGAUGUUCUCUUCUCUGAAAUUGCAGGUGCCGAAACCUGCAAUCAACCUCGAUUGCAACCACAUCUUUGCCCGAAGCAUCGGCUCCGACCGUGUUUCUUACGAUCCCAGGCUGCCGGCCCGGCCCCGGAGGUAUGUGUCUGUCAAAUCGGAGUAUGGCACCGCCGGGUCGUCGGUUCCUUCGCAUUUUAAUGCGACGGUAGGAACUUCGUCUUUGUCUUCUUCUUCGCUUCAGCUCUCUCAGUGGAACCUCACCCAUCGCCAUGUCGUUAUGCUCAAUGUAGUUGCUUGCGCGGUGGCAAUUUCUGCGACUUGGCUCUUCUGCUCAGCAAUCCCCGCGCUUUUGGCUUUCAAGAGAGCAGCUGAAUCACUUGAGAAGCUCAUGGAUGUCAUGAGAGAAGAGCUUCCAGACACAAUGGCUGCUGUUAGACUAUCCGGAAUGGAGAUUAGUGACCUUACAAUGGAACUUAGUGAUCUUGGCCAGGAAAUCACACAGGGAGUUAGGAGUUCCACUCGAGCUGUCCGGGUGGCUGAGGAGAGGUUACGCGGCUUGACAAACAUGACUUCAACAGCAUCUUUGCAGGGGGUAACCAAAUCAAAAACUGAGGCAGCUGGACCUCCACUUGCCAUUACCGUGAGAGGUGUUAGGGAGGGCAUUGUCAAGGGUCGAGCUCUCUGGCAGAUGUUUUUCUCUAUAGCCCGAUUUUCUAGAGUGGCACUUAACUAUUUAGCCAAUCGGACAAAGCGGGUAGCUAGAUGAAAAGGUCUGUAUUAGCCUUAUUGAGAGCUACAUGAUAUCUUCAAUAUGUACAUAACAUCUGUUAAUUUUUUUGUUUGUCAUUGACGGUCUGGAAUAUGGUUUGUUGUUCCCCUUUCAGUUUAAAAAUCUUGUAGAUGUAGAAUAAUUAAGUUGAGGAGACACUGUAUUUUUACA